AAUUAUUACUCAAAAAACGCGCUGUGCUUUUGUACUUAACGAUUCAUCUCUUUUGCACUAUUAUUUACAUUAUUAGUAUUUGCAAUUGCAAUAAGUAAACGUGUAUUUAGUGGUCGGUGGUUAGCGCGAAAUGUAAUAGAUACGGUUGACGACCGGUUAUCACUGAGAUCAUUUUCCGAGCCAAUGCUUUUAAAUAUUUAAAUGUUUAUAUAAAGUCCGUGGGUUGCUAAUGUUUAUGGCGGGAGUUAAGUAAGAAUGUGUAAUAAUAUAAAAGGGAAAUAGUAUAGUACGAGAAUCAGAUAAAGAUAGACAAGAUAUAUAUAUCUAGUCACGCGAUCUUGUCUCGAUCACACAAAGCGUCAAUUAUGUUUUGAGCUUGCAGACGCGCUACACUUAUACGCGGUUAAUUUUUACAAUUCACGUGAUUAAUCCGCUGUCUUCAAAUUAUUUUUACUAAUUUUAACAUCAAGAGUAAAUUUCAAUAACCAUGAUAAACGGAGACCUAUUGAUCCAAAGGAGAUGCAACGGUGUCCUUACCUGCACGAGAUGAAGGAGCGUCUGCUCUCGCAGCCGACCCCAACCGAUAGCCUGGACAUGGAACGACUGGACGGUGGUACUCCGGUAAAGGAGGCUAAUCUCCAUACAGAGUACCCGGCACAAACGAACCCUGGAGUGAUCCCCGACCCCCCCGAAAUGCCACCCGACACCUUGAUUGGCACCGUCGUCAAGGUAAAUGAUCCCGAGCUCAAUUCAGAUGGAUAUGGAUCACAUACGUCUCCGGCCCAUGCGAGACAACCUCUUGUACCUCAGGGUUCGAUGAAUCCUCCGUUAUGCCUUACCCCAUCACAUUCUGGUUAUGACAGGAGAAAUUUACCAAAGAAUGCUAAAACGUCAUUGUUUAUAAUUAUGAGCUUCAUCUACGCAAAGCUACUGGUGGUAGUGUGUGUGGCGUAUGUAAUAAGUGAAGUUGUAACUCACAAGCUACCAUUGUAUUACUUUGAGGGUUUCUUCGCUUACAUGUACGGGAUGAGUAUCCUUUUCUUGCUCUACGUCUUUUGCUUUCUGCUACAAGAAAGCGCCUGUUGCUCGAGGGGCGCGGAAACUCCACCUCCACCUCCAAAACCACCGAAACCUCCCAAGGAGCCAAAGGAUAAGAAAAAUAAAAAAGAUAAGAAAGACAACAAAAAAGAUAAUAAGAAAGACACCAAGAAUAAAAAAGAUUUUCAGGAUGCUAGUGAUGUUGAAGCUGGAGUAUCAACUCGCGUGUCACGUAAACGCAAAACUUCACAAAAUGACCACAGUCACGGAAGCUUCUUCCUCAGAAUCGGUGCAAUUGCAUUCGGACUCGGUACCAUGGUAUACAAUGGACUCGAAUUCGGAGCUUUCUUUGAAAUUCCACCGACUUCACCAUGUUUCCAAAUCCUCCAUGGCGUUAAUCCAUUGCUACAAAUGGUCUUUACAUUCAUGCAAAUGUACUUCAUCUUUAUGAACUCGCGGCUAAACAUUCACCGAUUUAAAGUAAUCGCACGCUUUGGACUGAUGCACGUCGUAGCAACGAAUCUCUGCGUCUGGGUGAGGACCCUAGUUUUCGAAAGUCUUAAAGAAAUCACCCAAAUCAAUUUGCGUUACAGCAAACCCGAUCUUGGAAUCAUUGAGAGCAUUCGUCAACAUUCACUUAACCACGCUGGUGUAAUAUUAGGCAACGAGCCGCGUGAUAUAGCACAACUACGCCUCGCACCAUCCUCAUCAACUUCAAACUUAGCAACAAAAUUACUCGGCGCGACGGCAGCAACAACCCGACGAUUAAUCCGGACAACACCGUCAUCAAUAAACCGUUACGCGCGUUCAACGGCACGUUCAGUAGCACGUGCAAUAACUCACGGCACCACAUCGACCUUAGCAACAUUUACACCAAGUACUGAAACAACCCCACAUAUAACAACAUCUACAUCAACAACAACCACAACAUCAACAACUCCCCCGACAACAUCAACAACAACUCCUUCCACUACGACCACAACAAUAUUCCCAUCAACAUCAACAACAACUUCAACAGCUCGACCCACAUUAUCAACAAUAGUAGACGCCUUUACAAGUACUAUAAAACCUAAUAUAACAACUCCAACUCUAACGAGCACUACAUCAACAAUAGCGCCACCUGUACCAACAUCAGCGCCCUUAACAACAUACGCAUCAAUGAUGUUGGAUUUCGGUGACCCAGCUUCCUCAAUAAACAAAGGAAUUCCGCCGUUACUUGACAUUGUUAAUCAAACCAACGGAACAAGUGUUUGGAGCCCAACGUUUGCAUUCUACCAAAGCGCACCCUUGAAUGAAAAUGCAUGCGGUCGCGUAAAUAUAAUGGGAACCAUUGUCCAAGAUGCUGCCCCAUAUCUGUUUCCAUUUAUCAUUGAAUACAGUUUGAUCGGAGCAGCAGUUAUUUACGUUAUGUGGAAGCACAUUGGGCGCCACCCACGUUGGCCGCAUCAAGCGGAAGCCGAUUUAGAGCGUCGACUUGAAGCGAUGCUUUCACGUCGUGCCGUUGCCCUGGCACAUGCAGGUCACGGUCGCGUUGAUUGUGUGGGCGCCAGCAAGGGGCUUUUUGUUGGGCUUUUCCUACUGGUUGGUUCCUUGAUCUGUUUGAUCCUUUUCUUUGUUCUAAUUCAUCACCCGUCAUUCGGAUUACUCGCAAUCUAUCUGGCAGAUGUGUCACACUGCGUUUUGAUGGCAUUCUCAAUAAUAGCUAUCAUAAUUGGUUUCAUUCGUGUACAGAGUCUGAAAUUCAAAGCCGAAGAACAAAGUGACCUCAAUGAUAUUCUGUUGCGUGUUUCGGGUUUCGGUUUGUUCCUUUACGCUGUUUUUAGUGUAAUUGCUGGUUCAUUGGCGGCAUUUACACACGAACCAAAUUUAUUGGUGAUGGUUACUGGUUUAUUGGCUAUUGUACAAGUUGUAUUGCAAAUGUUGUUUAUUGCAGAUGUAUCACGUAGGCGUGUACAUUUACCAGAACAUGAUCGUAGCAAACCUGGACGCCAAGUUGUUACAUUUUUACUUAUUUGUAAUGUAACAAUGUGGGUUAUUUAUACAUUUGAGACACAAAAAGUCGUUGCUAAUCCAGUGCAACUUGAUUUCUAUGGUUCUCUUGCGUGGAUUAUUGUACAAAGGGUCACUAUGCCACUUUGUAUAUUCCACAGGUUCCAUAGCGCGGUUACGCUUGCUGAAAUAUGGAAAACCAGCUACAAAGCGCGUUUGGAGUAAGAUCUGAUAAUUGAUAUCAAUGUUUGAAGUGUCGAUUAAAUUUUCAGAGCUCCGUUUGAUGAGAAGAUGAAGAAAAAAAAAAUCCUCUGGUACCAAUAGGAUACGGAUUUUUUUUAAAGAGCUCGAUUAUUAGCAUGUUUUUUUUUGCCAAACAAACCAUUUGUCACUGAUGCAUUUUUAUACUUUUAUACCUUCACAUCCUGUAUUACGCAUCGAGAAUUAUUGUGGAAAAAUAAAAAAAAUCAACGGCAUUACAUCCUGCCUAUGAAAAUUAUAAAAACGAAAAAUCCGAUGCAACAAUUAGGAUAAACAAUUUUAAUUGUUUGUUUUUUUGUUUGUUAUUUUUGUAUAAUGUAAUUCUAAUAUAUGUAAGUACGAGUACUUAAUAUUGAAAAAAAAAUAAUAAUAAAUAAAAGUGGGAUCAUAAUUUAUUAAUUUUAAAAUGCUUGACGCAAGUAAAAAAAAAAAAGAAGUAAAAAUAAAUAAAAAAUAAUACGUUUGUAGCGUAUUUGUAAAGUACAAAAUUGUUUAUAAUUCUAAGAUUAUAUUUUACAAUUGGCGUGUGUAAUUUUUUUCCUUUAUUGGAAAAUUAUUUAAGUUAAUUCUAACAAAAGAAUAAAAAAAAAAAAAAUAAAUAAAGGAAAGAAAAAAAAAAUAUCAUGAAAUAGAGAUAUUUUAAGUGUCAACGCGAGGUUCAAAUGGAUUAGAUGAAAGAGACGGUAAUAAAAUCGGUCAUACUACGAAAUAAACAAAAAAAAAAAAGAAAAUAAUGAUAGAUAUCAUUAGAUAAUAGAUAUAAAAAAAUGAAGAUUAAGUAGAUACAUUCCUAUCUGAAAUUAGAUGAAAGUUAUCUCGUGUCGCUAUCAAACAUAAAUUUAAUCAUCGAGUCAUCGAAAAAGUAAUAAUUAAAUGAAUGAAUAAAAAGUAUAGAUAAAAUUAGUUAUUGUUCUACGUGUUCGCAAAUUCAUUAAAGAAAAAAAAAAAUUCAAACGACAUUAAAUAUGUACUUAGCUUCGCGUUCUCAUUGUAACACUGUUCAAACGCUCUGUCAA